AUGCCUCGUACCACCUCGGUCUCACCCCACGCAGAGUUCCUUCCUGCUAUCCUUGAGCUGGAGGGCGUCAAGAACGUCAAAGAGUGGAAGUAUUCCGUGCGCGUGUACCUCAACCACCAUGGCCUGCUGGAUUUCAUCGACGGCACCCACGAGAAGGGACAGGCCAACACCAAAGUCGAGUCUGGUAACUCGUGGCACAAACGCCGCGCGCACGCCUUCACCAUCAUCAACAGCAAGAUCAACAAGGUCAUGCCGAUGCUGCUCACCGCUGGCCUGAAGGCCUAUGACGAUGACUACGGCUUCGACCCUCAGGAGCUGUGGAGCUACAUUUGUCGCUAUAUCACACUUGACUCAGAGUGUGACUCGCCCAAGGACCGGAUGCUGCUCCGUAUGUUCAACCCGGAGGAGCCUAUCGAGGAUGAGACCCACAAGACUGAGUAUCUGUACCUGCGCCGCCUGCUGCGUCAGGACUUCGGAGUGGAGGUUCACCCGAAGAUUAUGGAGGGUCUCGGCAUCGACGAGGAGACUAUCGAGGAGUAUGAGACCUUCUAUGACAAGUUAGCUACAGGCCACUCGUUUUUGUUCUUCGGCCCCUGA